UGACUGUGAUUACUCGUCGGCGCCACUGUGUGCCGCUCAGGAUGUUGCAGCAGCAGCCUCUCACUGGCAACGGGCCCUCUAACGGCCGGGGCCUUGGCCUGAGCUCUCACCCCGGUAUGCACCCUCUAAACUCGGUUCAUCCAUCUUCCCACCACCGCUCCGACGGGGACACGGGCCACGAAGGCGCAGAAAAUGGACAUGAAAGCCGCAGAGACAUUGGCGACAUAUUGCAACAAAUCAUGACCAUCACCGACCAAAGUUUGGACGAAGCACAAGCAAAAAAACACGCAUUGAAUUGCCAUCGAAUGAAACCAGCUUUGUUCAGCGUCUUAUGUGAGAUCAAAGAGAAAACAGGCCUAUCAAUGCGAAAUGCUCAGGAGGAAGAAUCACAGGACCCACAGCUGGUGCGAUUGGACAACAUGCUGCUGGCGGAGGGUGUGGCUGGGCCGGAGAAAGGUGGCGGGGCGGCAGCGGCGGUGUCCGCAGCCACCAGCUCGGGAGGCAUGUCUCCAGACAGCUCACUGGAACACUCAGACUACAAAAGCAAGUUGAGCCAGAUUCGCAACAUCUAUCACACUGAGAUGGAGAAAUAUGACCAGGCCUGUAGUGAGUUCACUACCCACGUGAUGAACCUCCUGAGGGAGCAGUCACGUACGCGGCCGGUGUCACCGAGGGAGAUUGAGCGCAUGGUGGCCAUCAUCCACCGCAAGUUCAGCUCCAUCCAGACACAACUCAAGCAGAGCACCUGCGAGGCCGUCAUGAUCCUGAGGUCCCGCUUCCUCGACGCCAGGCGUAAGAGACGUAACUUCAGCAAGCAGGCGACGGAAGUCCUGAACGAGUAUUUCUACUCCCAUCUCGCCAACCCUUACCCCAGUGAAGAGGCCAAAGAAGAACUAGCCAAACAGUGUAGCAUCACUGUCUCUCAGGUGUGCAACUGGUUUGGCAACAAGAGAAUCCGCUACAAGAAGAACAUUGGGAAGUUCCAAGAGGAGGCCAACAUCUAUGCCAUGAAGACGGCCAUCGUGGCGACACAGAACGAGGACUCUCCACACACGCCCAACUCAACAGGAUCGGGAGGCUUCUCACUCACUGGACCAGACCUUUUCCUGGGUGUUCCACCAAUGAAUGGAGAGCAGCCUGUCUACAUGGGAGCACAAACUAAUGGGAAYUGGCAAGGGCAAAACACGCCCCCCUCUGCCACUUCCCCAGGAAACGACCACUCAGGGGACUCUGACUGAUGGCCCUGCCCACUUUGUGUCGAUGACAUAGAUGGAAAGAUUGACAACGGAAAAAGACUGAAAGAAUGAUAUCACUCUUACUUGGCUGCAGUUUUUGUAUGUAUUUUCUGUUUCUUACUGUCCAAUGAUACUGUUCAUUAUGUUUGUAUGAGCUGAAUGUGUGAUUUUGUGUGUGUGUGUGUUGUUUUGUAUUGGGAUCAUGGGUUUUGUUUUCCACUACUUUAUAUGUUACUGUGGUAUGUGGGCAGGGAGGCUUGGGAAAUUGCAUUACCAUUGUUUUAUUAGGCUAUAUUAUUAAUGCUGUUACAAAUAUAUUAGGAUUUUCGUUUGAAGCUCAGAUAUAGUUGCAUUUAGAGGAUGUGGGGGCAAUAGAGAAAAUCCAAAGAUUUUGUGUGUUUGUUUUCUAUUUUCUACUGGGCUUGUUUGUCUGUGUGUGUCAAUAUUAUGAAUGAAGUGUGUGUGCUGGUUAUGUUAACAGUUUGAAUGAGUAUAUCAACARUGCUGUCAUUCUGUACAGUGAGUGAAAAACACCUGUAUUCUCUCUACCUCUUUUACAAUAAAGACUCUGUAUUCACA